GGGUGCAAACGCAAAAGUGGAGUUUUGGGACCAUCAACGAAGACGGAUCUGUUAACGAUUGUAACGCCCCAAACAACCCGCACUAUAUAGUCAACAUUCCCGUCAGCGACGUAUUUUACGAUCCGCCGGUUCCUGCCAUUGCAUACGUUCCAUUAACACCACCACCUGCUGCAUUGAUGGCUGCUAAUAUUACCAUCGACUUGUAUGAAGUCCAACAAAACGUUUUAAUUUCCCAGCCCGAUUAG